AUGUCAGAUGUUGAUCGCAAACUUUUCAUCCAUGAGAACCCGUAUGCGUAUCGUUCGCAUAAAAUUUCACAUGGUGGUACGAUAAGCGCACCACAAGUGGAUGGGCAUAUUUUGGAAGGACUAAGACCAGGUCUUACGAAAGAUGCAAACGUUUUAUGUGUCGGUUGCACCGGUGGAUACCUAUUGGCAUGUAUGUCGAUUUUAGUUGAAUCUAUGGGCAUUGUUACCGGAGUUGAAAACAAUGUACACUUGACUAAAUUGAAUAUACAGAACGUUAGAAAUUGGUUGGCUGUCAGUGAAACAGUGCAAACGCUUAAGAUAACUCUAGAAAGGAAUUUCGCAUUUGUAACUACUAGUAAACUGGGUGAACAAAUGUUCAUAGAAGAUUAUAGUGCAAUUUUUUUGAAGGGUGACGAUAAAAGUGCAAUUGAAUGGUUGAAAGGACGCUUGAAAACUGGUGGUCAUCUUAUUUAUUCAAGAGAAUCUGAAGAUGGAUACGUAGAAUUAAUUAGAGUAAUUUGUAUGAAGCCUGGGAAAUUUGACGAAGCAGUUUCGGCUCGUAUUCCAUUGGUUCUGCCUGCUAAAGAAGAAGAGAAACCAACUGAAGAAGAGAAACCAACUGAAGAAGAGAAACCAACUGAAGAAGAAUCGUCAAUUGACCUUUACACUCUCGAUUUCGACGAACUACUACUUACAUCAAUUCAAAUAAAGCAUAUUCCAGAUAUUAAAGUAGUCCUACUGUUACUCGUCUGCACUGUUACUAUCUCGUUCAUCAGAUUAUUUUAAGGAACAGUGUACCGUUCAGUGCUACGUUUCAUUGAAACCAGAAUUACUUCCCAGUCUAGAGUGACACUGGAACUCGAACUUGCCGAAUAACUUGUUCAUUGUUAUUUAACACUUUAUUCCAAGUCACUAACAUUCGACCCUUUCUCAGAUUCAUCAUUAUCGUUCACUUACAUAUAUAUAUAGACCAAGGUGAUACCUACUUUGUUUAAGUCAUGUCAUUUCUUGUGCGUCCCCUGCUAUUUCAUCGUCAGUAAC